CUAAUUUUACAGUCACCAUGCCACUCUAUGAACUGGGACUGGGAUCGGAGAAGAUUCAUGUAGUUAUUGAUAUUGGUAGCUACCACACCAAGAUAGGGUUUGCGGGAGAAGCAAGUCCUCGACACAUCAUACCAAGUUACAAUGUCAAGAGUAACAACGAGGUGGUGAAUAUUUGUGACCCUAAGCUUACGAAAGAAGAGCUUUCUGACGAGUUGAUCACUUUUGUACAUGCUAUAUACUUCAGAUAUCUGCUGACGAACCCUAAAGACAGAAAAAUAGUAGUUUGUGAGAACUUCUUACAAAGAGAACUCUUCAGAGAAACUCUUGCUGACGUCUUGUUUAAACAGUUCUCGGUGGUUGGUAUAAUGAUGACUCCCGCACUUCCUCUUGCCCUGAUACCCAUUGGUACCCCAACUGGACUGAUUGUCAAUGUUGGUUACCAUGACACUUCUGUUAUUUGUGUUUAUGAAGGAAUGAUAAUAUUACAGAGCUACCUUACAGUUGAAUUGGGAACACAUGCCCAUCUCAUGGCAAUACAAAGGAUGAUAUCAGAGUCAGGGACUGUACAAGUAGGAAAUGAGAGCAAAAAAGCGUCCGAACUUUACGGAGAGUUCGAGUUGUCCGUGCUGGAAGAUAUACGAGCUAGAACAUGUUUCUGCGGGGAACGACCAGUGGAACUAAAGGACCCCUCCUUUGUGCAGAGCGGUGUAAUUACAGAACACAGAGCUUCUGAUAUGAGAUAUCCCAUGUCUGACGGGCAUCAUCUUGUGGUUUCAGGCAAAAUCAGGGAGAGGUCUAUAGAAGUUCUGUACGAUGGUGACGGAGAGGAUAACUCCAUAGCAACCUUAGUUUUAGACAGUUUACUAAAGUGUCCCAUUGAUUGUAGAGUAGAUCUUGCCAGCAGAAUACUCAUUAUUGGUGGAGGGUCGAUGUUAGCUGGGUUUGAUCACAGACUAAAACAAGAGAUGGCCGCACUUCUAGAUCAUUCCCGCUUUUCUAAACUCACUCCGGGCAAACUAAAGUUCUACAAACCAAACUACUUCCGAAAUACCAUGUCGUGGACUGGAGGUGCCAUAAUGGGAUCAGUGGAACAUUUGCACGAAAGAUAUAUUUCCAGAGAUUUCUACAACGCAAAAGGAUCCGCCACUUUACCAAACUGGUCAAGCUUGGCUCCUCAGCUCAAAGACUCUUACCAAAGCUCCGGGACCCCCACUAGACGAUCUUCUACUCCCCUCAGAGAUUUCAUGUCUAGUCCUUUAUCUAGCUCUACUCUCCCACCUAUCUCCAACUUGGCACUGUCUUGAUAAAGUUGGUGUGAUCUAUAUUCUAUCUGGACUCAAACCAUUGACAAUAAUGUGAUUUGAUUUAUAAGAUUCUGGAGAUUUUUGAAGAGUUUGAAGAUUCUGACCUGUUUUUAGUGGACGUUUUUGGGAAUUUUGUUUUAAAUUUACAAUUCUGAAUUCGCACGUUUAGGUUUUAGGAAAAGUCACCCCAUUUUUUCUGCAUUCUCGUUGACUACUUUACCAAAAGGUGGAAGUUUGACGUGUAUCCAAAAAUAUUUGAGUUUAGAAUAUUAUUUUGUUAAUUUUGACUGUUAAUUAUGUAAUGUUUAUAACUCUAUUAUGAUAACAAUUGAUUUUAGUUUAACCUAUUCGAGAGACUAUCAAAACAAGAUAUUGGUUAAAUAUAGAAAGUAUAAAUAAAAGUUGAAUGACACCACUAUUAGUUAAGAGUUGACUUAUGGUCUGCACUAUAAUAAUACUGAUAUAAAAUGUAUUACAUUAUUAAUAUGUAAUCUGUGAUGAAAACAAUUGUCAACAUUCGGUGGUUUAUUUUAAGUAGUUUCCUCUAUCACCUAUAUAAACUAUAGCACUCUUUCCUCAUAAAUGACACUAUUUAAUCAUUGAAUUCUCCAUGAAAUAGACGAACACUGAACAGCGAACACCCACCACUUAUAAUAGUAGUCAAUCUCUUAAAUUAAGUCUCUACCAAAUUAGCCUCCACUAAAUUCCUCUUUAAUUGUACUCCAGUUGUAUCGGUGCAGACUUGGAAAACUUCCAAACUUAACUACUUCGGUGCUCCAAUUGUUUAGAUCUGUAUAACACUACUACUUGGCUAUUUGCCAGCUCAGUAACAAAGCUCAGUAACAACUAUCUCUAAGUUUGUAAAGAUGUGGAAUAUUUGAUGAUGAUGAGGCGUCAAAACAUGAGCUCAUGAGGCCCUACCAGUAGAUUAAGUUAAACUCCCUGAUAUAUAAAUAUACAGUCAACCAGUGAUAGUUAAGAACAAAUUGAAAUAUUUACCAACCUUUUUGUUAAUUUAAGUAAGCUCCGGAGACAAUAGCAGAAGAGAUAAAAGGAUAAUUAGUUAUGUUAUUGCCGCCCUCAUGCGGAGUAUGAUCCACCCAGUAAGACAACGUCUUCAGCUCACUUAUCAUUAAUCUCU